AGGCAAUAAAUUUAUGCCAACAUUGUAACUAAAAAAAUUUUUGGGUUUCUGAUUGCUUCCCACUAACUCAAGUGUAACUAGUAUGGAACUUCGGUAAAACAUGCAGCCUACUAAUAUGAAUCAUUAGAUACUACCACACUGGCUCUAGUACAACAAAAAGCAGGAAAUAAAAAAAAAAUCAUUCAUUUCUUUCUGGAGAGUCAAAUAUGUAUAUAUUUUCCACGCUGGAGUCUUUCUUAUAAGAAGUUAAUUUCCUUUCCUUGCACUAGUUUUUAAAAAAUGACUUUGUCUUUUGUCUGUCUUGCUGUUUGCGCUUUUUGUGUGUCAUUGGCUGCAUCAGAACCAAGACUUAAUUUUAUUGCCAACUCUGAUGUAAUUAAGGAACUCAUCCAGCCGCUAGUGAUAAGAUGUUCUGCACAGACAUUUUACGUUGAAAGAAACAGAAGUGUUACAGUUACAUUUAUGAAUAUAAUUCAUGAGACCAUUGGAAGUCUGGCCACAGUUUCAAAAAUUCAACAAUAUGACGCUAGUCCAGACGUCACUUUAAAUAAAGUUCAAGGAUAUCUCUCGGAUCAAGAGUCAAGGGAAUCUUAUCUUCAAAUCACAUGGACGCAUCCAACACUUUUACAGACGGGGAAAUACACCUGCGUAGCUCAUACUAUAAACUAUGUAGGAAUUGUGGAAAAGUUGGAAGCCGCUCUUUCUAUUGAGGUGAAGAAAACAAGUUUCGAUGAUUUGGUGGAUGUUGUCAUCGACGUGAUGAAAAAUUUAGAAGAUGAAAAGACAAAAGUGAAGAUGUUACAACAGAAGGUUGAUAAAGGUCAAUCCUGUUCCAACGUUAGAAGCAUUAAGGCCAGAGUAUUUGUGAUAUUAGCUUCCGGGUUAGAGGUCAUGUGUGACACCAAGACAGACGGUGGUGGAUGGAUCAUCUUUCAGAGAAGAAUCAACGGAAAAGUAGAUUUCUAUAGAGGCUGGGAGGAGUAUCGUGACGGCUUUGGAGAUUACAACAUUGGUGAAUUUUAUCUGGGCAACGAAAAUAUUUUUAAGUUAACAUCUACUGGACAAUAUGAUUUAAGAAUAGAUUUAGAAUUUAACAACACAAAAUAUUUUGCUCAGUACAAAGACUUUAAAAUAUUGAAUGAGACUGAGAAAUAUAAACUGAAGAUAGGAAACUAUUCAGGAAAUGCUGAUGAUAGUUUAUCACAUCAUAACAACAUGUUCUUUACUACUAUUGAUAGAGAUAACGAUGUAUACCGUGACAUAAACUGUGCAGACUAUAGUUCAGGUGCCUGGUGGUAUAGAGAUUGUCAUCGUUCUAAUCUAAAUGGUAAAUGGGGAAGUACAUUAAGUAGCAAGGGAAUGAACUGGUAUCAAUUAACUGAAUGGUCUAACAGUGUUUCUUUUAGUGAGAUGAAAAUAAGAGAAAGAGAGAAAAACUAUUUUCAUUAAGAGAAAAAUAAUAUAAACAAAAAAGUAAUUAGAAAUUUGAAAAUAUUAACAGUGUUUUGAAAGAGAUAUGUUUCAAGUGCUAUUUCUUUACUGUUAAAAAUCAACAUUUUUUUAUCCUCUUUAACGAUAGAAAGACAUGUCUCUAUGUAUUACAGAUAAUGGCAAAAAGGUAAAACAAUUUCAAUGUAUGAUAAUAAAUUGUAGCCUGUUUUUCUACUAACUAAAGUCUAUAAUUAAAAAAUGAUUUGUAAAUUAAACAUUUUAAGAAUGUUGUCUAAAUGAUAACUUAUGCAUUUCUGCUGGCAUUUAAAAUUUUA